AUGAAAUUACCCUACGAGCUCAUUCAUAUAACCCUCGGCGGCUCCUUCUACCCCAGUCCGCUGCCCAGUUGCCACGACCUCACCCGCUUCCGUUCCACCAACUUUGAUCCCACCACUAAUUCCUUUUCUUUUACCUGGAUGUUAUGCAUGAUAUUGUCCCCCUGGGCCGUCGAACUCGCGUGCAUCCGUAUCCUUGCACGUGUGCCGUCAACCCCAAGGAAAUUCCCUAUGGGCGCGGACAGGCUGUUUUCUGUGAACGUGACUAUCGUUGACGCCCUUAAGGCUCCUUCGACACUCCGCAUUGUAAUCCUCGGUGGUGCCCUCUCCUGCUCGCAGCCGACUCCGUGCCCCGAGGUCGAUACCGGACACGCAGUGCCAUCCCCUUGCAUGUACCGUGCUGGGACAAUCGCACGCGCGCUGUCCUUUCCCUCCUCUCUCGUACCCACUCUGUUGUGUUCUCUUGUUGAGAUGUGUCUCUGCUAG